AGCAUUCUACCAAACCAAAAUCAAAAUGACUGAAACCGAAGUUGCUGCCGCAGCUCCAGCUGCCUCUCCUGCCAAGGCAACCAAGAAGCCAAAGGCCCCGAAGGGAGAAAAGAAGCCCAAGAAGCCAUCCACCCACCCGCCAGUCAACGACAUGGUUGUUGCCGCCAUCAAGGCCCUGAAGGAACGCAAGGGAUCGUCGCUGCAGGCCAUCAAAAAGUACAUCGCUGCCAACUACAAGUGUGAUGUGGCCAAGUUGUCGCCUUUCAUCAAGAAGGCCCUGAAGAGCGGUGUCGAGAAGGGAAAGUUCACCCAGCCCAAGGGCACCGGAGCUUCCGGAUCUUUCAAGAUCAAGGCUGAGGAUAAGAAGCCAGCUGGCGAGAAGAAGAAGAAGGUCGCCGCCAAGAAGCCAAAGAAGGCCGCUGGUGAGAAGAAGACCGUGGCCAAGAAGCCAAAGGCCGCUGGCGCCAAGAAGCCAAAAGCCGCUGCCGCUAAAAAGCCAAAGGCUGCCGCUGAGAAGAAGGCCAAGGCUGCCACGGCUAAGACCGCCAAGAAAGCCGGCACCGUGAAGAAGGCUGCUGCGCCCAAGAAGGCCGCUGCUCCUAAGAAGGCUGCUGCUAAGCCAAAAGCCGCUGCUAAGCCGAAGGCCGCCGCUAAGAAGCCAAAGACCCCCAAGAAGACUGUGGCCAAGAAAGCUGCUGCCAAGAAGUAAAUGUAUGAUAAUUUCAACACUAUUUAUACAAUCAGUCCUUUUCAGGACUACCAACCACAUUAUGAAAGAGUUUUCCAAUGAAAUAUUUCAUUACCUGAAGUACGCUUCCGUG